GUUAAGAAGGGGGUUGUUGCAAUUCCAAUUCCAAUUCUCUGAUUCCUAAUCGCAUCAUUCAACGCCGCCAUGAGCAACAAUGAUCGGGAGUUGUUGAACCCGGAAACGGUGCUGUCAAUCCCACUGAAGAAGACUGAUCCGGUAGAGUUGUACCUGCCGUUACGUAAGUUGGUAGCCUCAAAAUACUCGGAGAGCGAUGCAGAAAAAGUUGAAAGCGUUCUGGAAACCCUAAACAAAUGCCGCAGGGACAUGGUGGAGCGUAGAAGGGACCUCUCCCUUCCCAUGCAACGUGACUGCCUCAUCCACUACUUCCAAUGUCUUUGCAUGGUUGAGCCACUCUUCACCUCUCUCUCCUCCGACGCCGACCCCAUCAUCUUUGUCUGGCUGGUACGAUGCCUUCAACCCUGAGCAUCAGGAUGGGGAACUAUGCUCACAGCGCAACGGCAUCCAAUUGGAGAAGGCCGCUGUUCUCUUCAACCUUGGAGCCAUCUGCAGCCAGAUUGCUGCCUCUUGUGACCGUACCACCGCCCUUGGCCGUCACCUUGCAAUGGAAUCCUUCAAAGUUGCCGCCAAUUUCUUCUUCCAACUCUGGAAUGUUUUUGCCAAGGACGUGGUCUCCGCCACCCUCGAUUUGACUCUCCUCUUCGCGGAAUUUCUGCACCACCUCUUCUCCGCUCAGGCUUCCGAGCUCGAAUUACAGCAACAACUCAACAACAACGACGACAGUUACGCUCUCCAACAACACCGAUAUGCCCCAUCGUUUGUAUCGGUUUGUGAGCUUUAUGUUAAAGCAUAUGUACUGAUACUUGAUGUUUCGAGUGCGGCUGCCCUGAAACAUGUCUACUGUUUUGACCAAGACCAAACCUGGAUAACUCAUCUUCUGGCGAAGAGGACAUUCUUUGAGGCUGAGGCGGCGGCUUGUCUGAGGCAAUCAUUCUCUAAGGUAUACUCAUCGAUCAAAUCUGGUGCUCUUGAUCAUGAUGCAGAAUGUGUCACUGAGAUAUUAGUUAGAGGGAUUUGCAGGAAACCCAACCUACAACAAAUAUACGUUGACCUCCUCCUCUCCGAGUACAAUCCUUUCAAGAUUGUCAAGGAUGGAAAGCUGGUGGCUUACCCAUGGGACAUGCCUCCUCCUUAUCCAACAAAUUCAGCAAUCCUCUCAUCUUCUGCUUCAGUUUAUGUUCCGUCGACAUUUGGGCUUUUAGCUGAGAAUCUUGUUCAAUCCUGGACACCUCAAUAUCUUGAGUGGAGGAUGAAAACCUGCCAUGUUGAAACGGGUCCAGUAAUGUCACUGAACAAUUUGUUUUAGGGUAUUGUAAGUCUCACUCCCUGCUUCAAGAGGUAUGUCAACUACGAUGUUUGGACCUUCUCUCUGAGGUUAGCCCUGUCAAGAUUAAGGAUGGAAAUCUUGUGGCCAAUGCAACCUUAGAGGCACCACGUUUGGCAUUGGAGAACAUGAGCUUGCAGGAGACACCACAGUAACAUUACCGUAGAGAAAAACCAAACAAGCUUUAGGAAUUAACUUGUUUUCUUUUUUAAAUUGGAUGUUGGAACUUUGUUUGUUGAUGCUAGAACUCUUCUUGUGAAAUAUUUGUUGUUGUAUAUGAAUAUAUUGUUGCAUAUUGGUAAA